AUGCUGUCACAGAAAACGGCUACGGUUCAGAAGAUCGCACCUGACACGCAAAACAAUACAGCAGCAGAUCGAUCCCGCGCUUCAACUCUGAGAAAGGAGUUCCCGGGUUCGAACAUUAGCAUUCCCUCUGAACUCACUAGGCAAGCCUACGGUUUUUUGAAGGCCAAGCUUCUGGGCCGGCUCAAACGGGAAGAAGCGCCACAGCCGAUUCCGGAAAUGCGGAAGACGAAUGCGCUUCCUGAAACGGCACCUGGCACGAACGUCGAUGCAGCAGAUCGGUCACGGGCUACAAUGCUCCAGAAGCACUUUCCGCAUGCGAAGGGUAUCCCUGUUGCACUGACUAGACAAGAGUACGACGCAUUGAAACUGAAGCUUGUGAGGGAGCCGGAACCGCAGACUACGCUACAGGAGAACGCGGAAAGGCUUCGCGAAAUGUACCCUGAGGCGCACUCUAGAGUUCCAGACCGGGUAGCCACAUAUCGUAUGGAGAGCUUGAGGCUCGUGCUUCAGAAGGAGCGCGAUCUCCAACGCCGUCGGCCUUCUCAGGAUAGAUACGAGUUGCGCUCCUCCCGCGCAUGA